CAAGUUCAAAAGACCACCGUACAGUUGUGAAAACUUAUGUAAAAAUGCCGGGGAAAAUUGCGCUGAAUCCCCUUCCUCCGGGCACGAAACAGCCUGGUCUAGCACAGUCACUGUUGUAUAGUGGUAGUAAAUUCCAGGGUCACCAAAAAAGUAAAGGAAAUCAAUACGACGUCGAAGUUGUAUUGAAGCAUGUUGACCAGGAGAAGGGGUUUCUCUGUGGAUAUCUGAAAAUAAAGGGCCUUACAGAUGAAUAUCCAAAUCUAACAACAUUUUUUGAUGGUGAGAUAAUUGGUGAUAAACAUCCCUUUUUGACAAGGAAAUGGGAUGCUGAUGAAGAUGUUGACAGAAAACACUGGGGUAAAUUCCUGGCAUUUUACCAGUUUGCAAAAACAUUCAACUCAGACAGUUUUGAUUACAGCCAACUGGACAAUCUAGACUUUGUUUUUAUGAGAUGGAAGGAACAUUUCUUAGUUCCAGAUCACACUAUCACAGACAUCACUGGAGCGUCAUUUGCUGGGUUUUAUUAUGUUUGUUUACAGAAAUCAGCGGCCACCAUUGAGGGUUACUAUUAUCACCGAAGCUCUGAAUGGUUUCAGUCCUUAAAUCUUGUCCAUGUUCCUGAUCACAGUCAACCCAUUUAUGAAUUCAGAUGAUAAUGAACAAGAAAACAGAUCUUUAUACUUUGCUUCUUAAUGAUAUUUUUAGACUUCCUUUCCCACUUCAUUGAUGGUAUUAUGAUUUGACCUUGAUUCACUGUUCAGGUCAGGCAAGCUUGACAGACAUUUAUCAUAAAAUCAAAAUAGUGUUUGAGGUUUUAUAUUAAGCAUGCAUAGUGUCAUGUUGCAAAGAUUAUCGUACGGUGAGGAGUUAUCAUCAUGAAGAGAAAAUGAUACCUUGGCAGGUUUUUGUUUUCGUCCUGAUGCAAAUAGUUAUGGCUUACACAGUUACACAUAGAAUGUGGAAUAAAUUAUAUGCAACUGUUUAUUUGAUUACUAAAAUGAGAAGAUUAAUCAAGAAUGUUAAUUCUUUAAGUUAUUUAUGUCUUUGAUUGAAAGUUUUACAGCUACCAGUUUUGAUCAGCUUCAUUACAACAUGUAUUGUAGUGUAUUUCAUAGAAAACUGGAAAGAAAAGUUAAGAAUUGGUUGGGGCAUUGCUAUUAUUGUCAGUAUGGCACCCUCUGUACUGAAGGAGUCAAGUAAAAACACUCCCAAUUGUUCCCUGGCACAUUUGCAAUACUGUCUAAUAACAAAUGUUUCCAGACUCAAAUUCCCAACUUGACGACACUACAAGGGUAUGUCUGUCCCACUAUAGUCAAGAAAGGACCACUUCAUUGCUAAUUUCUUGUUAUAGUACUUAUUGACAAAUUAAUACCAUUUUGGGGGUAAAGAGUACUUUAUGGUUAGCUCCACUUGUAUCUUUAAUAAAAUAUUGUGCGCAUCUGGCCCCUUUUGUUGGUACGGUGGAUAGUGCUAUUGGCAGGUUAAAUUUCUAUGUUUUGGAUGGCACAGUAUGUUUUGUCAACACCUAUCCAGUGGAUAGCAAUUUCUCUGCUGGAUAGAGUUAUCUGUCCUUUGCAUAACGGGGCCCAGACUGUGAAAGUUAAUUUUAAACCAAGGUUUCAGCAUGACUUAAAUCUCCUGGUUAUUUCUUUUCGAGUGUGUUGUUUUAUGUCUAUGCUAAGCCAAUGAACCAUUUAACCUCCUUUUCAUGGUUUUUAUGGUUGUAAUAACUGUUUUUACAAUACAAAUAGAAAGAGGUACACAUACCGGGAAUCAAAGAGUUUUAAUUAGCUUGAUGGCUGGUUAGAAAUUGAAGUACCUUCCUUUGUCAUAGCAUGCUCUGUACAAUGAGCAAGGAUGAUGGCACUUCAAACAAAAAAGUACUGUAACAUGUUGGCAUUAACUUUUAUCUUAUUCUAGUCCUCUUGAGUGUAAAGCACUAAAUGACAGUACAAUAAUACAGAUUCAGCAACAUUUGUGAAUCCUGUCCAAUGAGUUGCAAAUAUAUUAAUAAAUACUGCAGCCCUCCAUAGAGUAAA